CAGUGCCCAGCGAUCAGAGAGUGCUUGAAUUCUUAUUACUGUCACCUUAGCAAGCGCCACAAAGCUGGAAGGCAGAAAAUAAAUGGCUGGCUCAAGGAAGGUCCAAUUUGCAGGAGGGAAAAAGGGAAGAAGGACCAAAGUGUAUUGAAUAGGAAGACUUCAGAGAGGAGCUGAUGCCAGAACAGGGUUUUGAAGAAUGAAUAAGAGUUUGCCAGUAAGUCCGAAGGUGAAGUCUAGGCAACCUGCUGGAAAGGGAGGGGAGUUACUUGAGGUCGGUCCUUUGUUCAUUCCUUUAUUCAGCAAGGCUUCCCCACGCCGUUUCCUGUGGGGUCCUGGGGUACAGGAGCAGCCCACCCAGCCAAGUGGACCAGGCAGGUCUGGGCGUGGAUGGUGCUGAUUGAUGCAGGGCGGUCAGGGCUGCGGUGGGGCUGCCCAUGGUGGGAGGGGUCCACACCACCUGCUCCCAGCUGCUCUCUGGCCUCAAGCGCUGUGCUGGCUCCUCAGCCGACCCCACGUCACCCAGGCCAGCAAGCAUCCCGCCUGCAAGGAGGGGAGCAGGCAGACAGUGGCCGAGCCAGGGGUCUGCUCGGGGCCGGAGCCCUGCCCCCGCCCAGCCUGGCGGUGGUGGCGUUUGUACCGCAAGUGUGAGCGUGUUGGCCGGAGGAUGGCUGUGCGCAGGGCACGCAGGUGGGUGGGUGUUGGUGCACACGCACGUCUCUGCGGGUCCCCGAGAGUGUGUUCCUGUGUCAUUCUCCCGGUCUGUCUGUCUCUUCCCCUCCCACCCCUCUGUGUGCCGUCUCUCCUCCUCUGGGUCUCCCUCUUUGUUUGCCUACGUCUCCUCAUUUGGUUGCACCCCAAUCCCUCACCCGGGGCCCUCCCUGGGCCCCCGCCUGUGUGAGCCGGGGCGGGGCAGAGGCGGGGGCUGCGGCCUGGAUCCCACCUCUCAAGAGCCCGGUCUGCCCAGCGGAGGUGCCUCGUCCGGUGGCCUGGGCCGGCCAGCCUGGCAACAGGGCUGGGGCGCCGGGCAGGGCCGGGAGCCUGGGCCGCCAGUUUUGGGUCUGGCUCACUCAGUGCAAUAUUGAUGGCCCGUCAGGGCAGCCCUGAUUCCUGCGCUUUCAGUUAAAAGGUUUCUGUUGUUGUAGCUUAUGCAGUUGCUCUGUUGCUAUGGAAACGUGACAUCAAAAUGACGUUUCCCGUUUAAAAGCUUUUAACUAAAUUCCUGCCUGUCAGAUGUAGGCCCCAUUUUGAGCGAGGAGCUGCCUUCCAGGAGCGGGGCUCCCGCCGCCGUGGUGCGCAGGCCCCACGCGGCCCGGCCCGAGCGCGCUCUGUGACCCCGCAGGUGCCCCCGGCAUGGCAGCGGCCGAGGUGCCCGGCUACCUCGUGUCCCCGCAGACAGAGAAGCACCGGCGGGCCCGCAACUGGACGGACGCGGAGAUGCGCGGCCUCAUGCUCGUCUGGGAGGAGUUCUUCGACGAGCUGAAGCAGACCAAGCGCAAUGCCAAGGUGUACGAGAAGAUGGCCAGCAAGCUGCUGGAGAUGACCGGCGAGCGCCGGCUGGGCGAGGAGAUCAAGAUCAAGAUCACCAACAUGACCUUCCAGUACAGGAAAUUAAAAUGCAUGACAGAUAGCGAGUCCGUCCCGCCCGACUGGCCCUAUUACCUAGCCAUUGAUAGGAUUCUGGCCAAGGUCCCCGAGUCCUGUGAUGGCAAACUGCCGGACGGCCAGCAGCCGGGGCCCUCCACGUCCCAGACCGAGGCGUCCCUGUCGCCGUCUGCUAAGUCCACCCCUCUGUACUUACCGUAUAACCAGUGCUCCUACGAAGGCCGCUUCCAGGACGAUGGCUCCGCCAGCUCCUCCAGCUUACUAUCCCUUAAGUUCAGGUCGGACGAGCGGCCCGUGAAGAAGCGCAAGGGACAGGGCGGCCACUUGCAGAGGAAGAAGCUGCGGCUGCUGGAGACGAUGCUGGAGGAGCAGCGCCGGCUGAGCCGCGCCCUGGAGGAGACGUGCCGCGAGGUGCGCCGCGGGCUGGACCAGCACAGCCUCCUGCAGGCGCAGGGCCUGCAGCUGCAGGAGCGCAUGAUGAGCCUGCUGGAGAAGAUCAUCGCCAAGUCCGGGGUCUAGGCCGCCCGCCGGCCCCCCGCCGCUCCCGGUCGGGCCUUCCCUCCCAGCGGGCCGGGAGCCCCCAGAGCCUCAGUCUCCAGCAUUAAAGCCCCCCGGACACGCGGCCGGGGCCCCGGGCUCACUGCAGGGUGGCUCCCGGGAAGAGCGUCCCGGAAUCUGCUCUCCAGUAUCGUCCCUGUCGACGGUACUCGGAACAGCUUUCGAUGUUAAACGUGUCAUUUUCAUCACUGCCUGGAAGCGGAGGUCACGGUGCAGCCUUGGAGGGAGGCGGCAGGCGGUCCCUCUCAAGACGAAGCAGGUGGACGCAGCGCGGGGGCGGGUGUGUCCCCCUCCCUGGGUCUGCUGCAUCGGCCCCGAGAGCCUCGGACACCCGGGCCAACCCCAGAGGCCCGCACCGCCUUCAGCGGCCUUUUCAUCUGUCCCUCCAGGACGUCGGGCAUCCCGACGGCGCUAAUAACAGCGGUGACCCUGCCCGCUGGGGACAUCCUGCCCUGUUCCACCGUCUCUGCCCAGGGACGCGGCGGGGACGAGACGAGGCCCAGCCUCGGGGAGCUGACACUCGGGGGGCAGGCAGGCGAGUGAGUGGAGAAGCCGGGUAACAGCGGGUUGUGAAAGUGCUGGCAGGGCAGGGCUGGGCUGGACACGGGCGCACAUAGCCGGCAGCCGUCCAGGAGCUGCCUCCCCGGGAGGGAGAGGGGCUGGGGGUGGGAGUGUCAGCACUGCCAGAUCUGCCGGCAGGAAAACCCCUCCAGAGCCCCCGCACCCCCCGUUCCUCCUGAGUCUCAUCCGGGCCCAGGUGGCUGAAAGGAGGCACCACAGGAGAGCUGGGGGUUACAUUUUGUUCAGGGCCUCCCAGGGGACGUAGCCUGGGACGCCGCCACUCCGUAGCUCUGAGGACGCUCUUCCAAAAAAGUGGGGAGAAAGGAGCCUCUUGAUAUGUGACUUCUGGUAGGAGAUAUGGCAGUCAGGUCCCAGUAACAGGUCACAGCUAGUCACAAAGAGCAGACGUCUCAGUUAAUGGCUGUAGCGCUUUUCUCUGUGUGGGAAGAACCGGAUUCAUUAAAACUCUU